CCCCUACCGGAUGGCCGUUAAAAGCCAGCAGGAAAAUUUUCGAGAUGCCCCUACCGGUACCAUUUGCUGCCAAGCCAUUUGCUGCCAAGCCAUUUGCUGCUAUGUCAUCUGCUGCCAUGUCAUCUUCUGCUACUUCAUCUGCUGGCAGUCCAUUUGCUACCAAGCCAUUUGCUACUACGCCAUUUGCUGCUACGUCAUCUGCUGCCAUGUCAUCUUAUGGCACAUCAUCUGCUGCCAAUCCAUUUGCUACCAAGCCAUUUGCUGCUAUGUCAUCGGCUGCUGCCUCAUCAGCUGCUGUCACGGCAUCAGCUGCCAAGAGGGCGUCUGCUGCCAAGUCGUCCACAACUGCCACAUCUUCUACUGCUUUCCCAGAUGCAGGGGCGGCUCCCUCUUCCGGCAAACGAAAGGAUGUUAGUGGUGGACAGUCUGAGUCAACGACGAGGGCAACGGCGACCUCGAUGAAUGCAAAGGCGGGAAAGAAGAAGUCUGGGACGAAAAUCAGGAGGCGGGCGUUGGCUCUUGCAAGUCAAUAUCUCGUCUCAUCCGAAGGUUACGAUCUAUGGAAGAAGAUGAUGACGGAGGAGAGGGGUGUUGUGAUGGCGCUGCACGCCUAUGGCUGCCGGGGGAAGAGCUGUUCGUCCUCUUCGGGCGGCAGUUCUUCCCGCUGGACCCAUCUCUGCGAGCGAGGCGCCAGCAAAGCGGCGGCUCAGCACUUCCUCUUGCUGGUGCUGUUGGUGGCAUCAGAGGCAGAUUCAGCACCGAGAUUCGCCGAGGGCGUAAUGCACGCGAGUAUCGUGAACGGAGGAGACGUGAGCGAUUUCAGAUACUACGCCUUCCAAGUCGUACUCUUUUAUGAAGGCAGUCUUAUGUGCGGCGGAAGCAUAAUCGCGCCUUCAUACAUCCUUACCGCCGCUCAUUGUGUGGAUGACAAUUUCAACAGAACGAAUAUCACAGGCCCCUACUACCAUGAACAGCUGAACACCGAUCCCAACGCGGACAGCAACUACUACGACGUCGGCGUUGCAAACGCUGAUAAGGAGGAGGCAAGCCGGGUGAGGGCGGCAGAGGUUUGGAUCCAUAAAGACUACACCACUUCGUCGGUUGAAUUUGACCAGUAUUUCAGAACUAGCAGCGAUUACGCCAUUCUGAGACUUGAGAGACCUUUGGCGUUCUCAGACAAAAUUCGAUCCAUCGCUCUUUCUCCGGACGACUCUGGGCUUAAGAUCGGUGAUGACCUGACCGCCAGCGGAUGGGGGAGGAUCUUAAGUGGAGGUGUUCUCCCUUUCCAACUGCAGACCGUGACUGUGGACCACAUACCAAAUCUUUGCGCCUUGAAUUUCUCGAACCAGGGGUAUGACUCAGGGGCCUGGUUUGACAAGGCAGUGAUGAUCUGCGCUGGGUGCCAAGGCAGAGGCUUGGGAGUAUGUAAUGGGGACAGUGGUGGUCCAUUGACUGUCUUAUCGUCACAAGGGGGAUGUCCCGUACAGUUCGGCACUGCAAGCUGGAAUUCCGGGGGCUGUGCCAUGGGCCUGUCUGUGUUUGGCCGAGUCAGCAAGGCCGUGCCUUGGAUAGAAUACAUUGUAAAGCAGCCAGUGCGUAGCACAGUUACCCUGAGUCCAACGCACAAGUGCGACAACUGCAUAGAGAACAAUCAUCCAGCAGCGAGGGAGUGCAAGAGGGCGAGCAUGUAUAAUCUGCAGUUGUGCGACGUGUCAUCUCGGCUUGCCAGUUCAUUCAUUUUGAUGCAACCGAGAUGUGAAGGUGGAAAGCACAAGCUCAAGGCCUACAUCAACUUCCACAGGGGUUUUCCGGGUGCACCGAAGGCAAGAAAGCAGCAGCUUCAACGAGGGUACGUCUUCUUCCUUCGUUCAUACCGAGGCCCCGGGAACGGCGUAGUAACUCUGGUGCACCACAAUACCACGGUGGUCAAGAUCAACACGCCUUUGAAAAAGCCCCAUUUCGGUGGCAACCCUCCGGCAGCAACCCGGUUCAAUUCCCUAGAGGGGGCGUGGGUGUACCGUUGGCCAGGCUGUUCAAGCCACCACACAUAUGCAGCUCUGUAUGUCCUCAGCGAGGGGCCGAAAGGGAACCCCAAGUACUACCAGAUCUCUAUACCUGUUGGGAAGGUCCCACCUCCAUGACCACAAUCAUAUCAUGGCAGAAAGGCAGAGCCAGUGGUGGCCUGUCUUUGGCACUGCAUGCGCAUAUGUUCGCACAGAACCAGAAGCGUUGGCGUGGUUGGCGAGACAUGGGCAACGAGAACAAUGUGCUGCUGAGUUUGCGGGACUCCGAGGUGAAACGCUCCCCCCGCCCCCCCCCACCCCCUUCCCCCCUCCCCCCCUAACAACAGUCGGGAUGGUGGCAGGUCGUGACGUUGCCAAGGCAUUGAAGAGAUGGACAUUUGUGUGCAUGCUUUAGCACCACUUGCAUGCCCGGAGGGUAGUUAAAAAAAAAAAGAAAAAAAAAGGGGGUUGCCUAUAUCAUCGAUGGGAAGGUUCAAUAAGGAAGUGGGGUUCGGUCUCCCCCUUCUCUCAACGUGUUCCUACAGUACUGGUGGCAGUCGGGUGCUGAACAGCAGCGGUUGAAGUACAUGAUUCGUCGGCGUCAGUUGUUCUGCUCUGUCUUUAUAAGCAGAAGCAGGCGCAAACUAUUUCGUAAAUAAUUAAUACCUAUCCAAUUUUGUAAAUCCAUUGCUAGUAAUUUGAGUCUCUAGGCCUCUUUUCUCCCUCUUCAGACAGAUAGACUGACAAACAGACAGGCGGAGAGCCAAAGGUGUGGGCAUGUGCAAUCCAAGAAUAGAACAAAAGGCCUCCGGCUUG